CCCCUAGGAGGGCAGUCUACCACAAGAUCGAGUUGGAGCCUGAAGCCAAACCCCCUUAUACUUAGACUGGGGCUGGGUUUAGCAGAUGGCCCCCCCAACUAGCAUCUAUUAGUUAAGGGGAUUGGUUGAGCUCAGGAAUCAAUUUCAGGAACUCAUUGAGGCCUAUUUAUAUUCCAGCCUCCAAGGCAGUUUUUCCCUAUCUUGCUGGGGAAAAGGUUGGGGAGCCCCUGUUUUCUUUAUUCCAGAAGAAGCGGUAGCCUUGUGCAUUGAUUAUCGAGCGCUCAACAAGGUAACCUAACCAUCAAGAACAAGUAUCCACUUUGAUUGCAGACUUCUUCUCCCUAAUCAAUAAGCGCGAGAUACUUCUCGAAGUUGGAUCUACGGUCGGGCUACUACCAAGUGCAUAUCGCGGAAGGAGACAAGCCAAAGACGACCUGUGUGACAAGCAAGCAACCUUACUAAUAAAGGGGCGUUUGAUUUGGUUAUGCCUUUUGGAGUCACCAAUGCCCCUGCCACGUUAUGCACCCUCCACAAUGAGCUAUUCCACCCGUACUUAGACGACUGGUGGUAUACUUUGAUCGUGGGCUAUAGCUAUUCGUUAAACGACCACGUUAGCCACCUCCGGACCGUUUUUAAGGUAUUAAAGGAAGAAUCACCUCUAUGUAAAGAAAGAGAAAUGCUCCUUUGGACAGACGGAGAUCCUAUUCCUAGGGCAUUGGAUGGGCAUCAGAGCCAUCGAGGAGUGGCAAGCACCUACCAAGGUGAGUGGGCUAAGAUCGUUUUUAGGGCUCGUGAACUAUUACCGAAGAUUCAUCGUAAGUUACUCGAAGAGGGUUGCUCCACUAAAAAAGAUCCUAAAGAAGGACGUACGGACCGAUCAUGGCACUGCACUGAUCGGAAGAGUGUCAAAGAGCUUUUGAGGACCUAAAGCAGGCAGUGAUUGAUGACCCCGUAUUGCAGUUGCCAGAUCACACUAAGCCAUUUGAAGUACACACGGAUGCGUCAGACUAUGUCAUAGGCGGUAUGCUAGUACAACAAGGUAACCCAGUAGCAUAUGAGAGCCGAAAGCUCAAUGAGACCGAAAGGCGUGGUCCAGGAGAAGGAGAUGACAGCAAUAGUGCACUACUUGAGAACGUGGAGGCGGGUCACGAUUUGUGGUCAAGACGGAUAAUGUGGCGACGAGUGACUUCCUGACCCAGAAGAAACUCACGCCAAAACAGGGACGAUGGCAAGCAAGACAAACUUGCCAAGUUUGAGGGAAUCUACUUUUUUUUUCUUCCAAAACCUUUCUUUUUUCGGUAUGCCGCUCCGCGAGCAAGGAGUGCCACGCACGAGCGGAGCGAAAACAAAGCAGGGGGAAUUCUUCGUUGGGGGAAAUCCUUUGAUUGCGUAUUGAAUAUAGAUCCAUGUCUUUCUUGUUCCACUAGCUAGGACCAAAUUCUCACAUGUCCGUUUCGUUAUUACAACCGUAUUUUUUGAUGUCAAAGACCAGAAGCUACGCGCAAAUUAUUAUUGGAUCUCGGUUGUUCUUAACAGCGAUGGCUAUUCAUUUAAGUCUUCGGGUAGCACCACUAGAUCUUCAACAAGGUGGAAAUUCUCGUAUUCCGUAUGUACAUGUUCCUGCGGCUCGGAUGAGUAUUCUUGUUUAUAUCGCUACGGCUAUAAACACUUUCUUCUUCCUAUUAACAAAACAUCCCCUUUUUCUUCGCUCUUCCGGAAUCAGUACAGAAAUGGGUGCUUUUUUUACGUUGUUUACCUUAGUUACUGGGGGGUUUCGGGGAAGACCUAUGUGGGGCACCUUUUGGGUGUGGGAUGCUCGUUUAACCUCUGUAUUAAUCUCGUUUCUUAUUUACCUGGGUGCACUGCGUUUUCAAAAGCUUCCUGUCGAACCGGCUUCUAUUUCAAUCCGUGCUGGACCGAUCGAUAUACCAAUAAUCAAGUCUUCAGUCAACUGGUGGAAUACAUCGCAUCAACCUGGGAGCAUUAGCCGAUCUGGUACAUCAAUACAUGUUCCUAUGCUCAUUCCAAUCUUGUCUAACUUUGCUAACUUCCCCUUCUCAACCCGUAUCUUCUUUGUUCUGGAAACACGUCUUCCUAUUCCAUCUUUUCUCGAAUCUCCUUUAACGGAAGAAAUAGAAGCUCGAGAAGGAAUACUAACCCCUAGUUCACUCGCUGAGUCUUUUUGCAUCUAUGGCUUUAUGGUUAAAGCGCCCAAGAGGGAAAUUGGUAGGUUCGAUUCCUGCUGGAUGCACGCUGUUCAGGCGGAAUCUUUCCCGGAUUAUGAUGAGAAAGCAGAAGGGAAGGAGGUUGGAGUUCUGAAUAGUAGGAAUUACUUUGACUUUGAUGGUCUUACCGAUCAUGAAGCAUCAACAUCCAAAGCAAAUGUUGACAACAAGGGCAAAGGCAAAGCGCUGGAUCCCGGGUUUUUCAUUUGCGGCGGUCCCCACACAGAGCUAAACAAUGUCCGAAGAGAGAGAAACUCAAUGCCUUGAUUGCUGAAGAAGAGGAAGCGCCGGUUGAAGAAAGCACUUCGAGGGUCAAUCCACUUCAACUCUUGAAUUCCAUUAGACAAGAGAGUCGAUCAGAUACUGGGCUAAUGUUCGUUGAUGUAAAAGUCAAUGGACAGGUUGUGAGGGCAAUGGUUGACACUGGUGCUACUCAUAACUUCCUUUCUGAUUGGAUCGUAGCGCGGCUAGGCCUACGGGUUGAUAAGGGGAACAGCAAAAUUAAGGCGGUGAACUCUGAAGCGAAACCUAUUGUUAGGGUAGCUAAGAUAGUUCCGCUACAGAUUGGCGAAUGGUCUGGAAAGUUUGACUUGAUGGUGGUGCCGUUGGAUGACUUCCACUUUAUAUUGAGUUUGGAAUUCUUGCGGAAGAUAAGAGUUUACGUUUCACCUCUUUAGUUGGCUUUGAAAGACCAACGCAUAGUUGCUCUCUUUGGCCAGGUGAGGAUGAAACUCUUUCCUUACAACCCAGCGGGAAUGGAAUGCAAUGAAGCUGAUAAAACGAGAUUUGAAGAUGCAGAUGCAUAUGGUGUUUUUUCCUCACAUCGAAGGUUUCAUUCCAUUGCCCGCCAGUCCUCAGAUCGUAAUGAGGAGGUUGGCUACCCUGGAUUCUUUGUAGAAUGCCUAUGUGGAGAGACCGCACCCAAACCAGACCAUCAAGUAUAAGACUUUGGGCGUCACCGAGCGCACAGUCGAAUUAGGAGUAGGGCACAGUGGAACUAGGAAUAGCAGUAGGACAGAGAUUCCUUCGUCGGGAGAGCUGGCACUAACUAAUAAAGAAAGGAUGGUAGGGUUGG